CCUGGGCGGUCGCACUCCCCGCCCUACCAUCUAAGCCGUCCCUGCCGGGGAGUUAGAAAAUCAUAAACCCAUUCGGUUUGACCAAUCUGCAUUAUUGUGUUGAAGAACCAAGGAAGUCGCCCAAAAAAUAUUAUAAAUAUCCGAGGGAAGGAAGAUUUGAUUUCACUUAUUUUACAGAGAGAGAUCUUAGGGUUUUCGGGUAUCUGGCGAGUUUAUACAGAGAUUUCUAUCUAAUAUGGAUUCGAUGGGAACUCAAACAACUGUUUUGGCUGUGACGGAUGAUGUUGUCUUACCUGUUAUCUCUGUUCUAACUGUGAUGAAAGUUGUCGGGGUCGAACGUUGUGAUCCUAUGAUUAUUACUCAAGCCUCCACAAUAAGUCAGGUUCCUUUGGAUUCUUCCUCAGUGGACGCUGUUUUAGCCGUUUCCACAACAUCUGAGUUCCCUACUGAUAAAAUAUAUGGCGAGUUCUCAAGAAUUUUAAAGCCUGGUGGGACUGUUUUUGUGUGCACCAAUUCGGAGGGUGAGAAUGUAGAGUUGCAACAGACCCUUCAAAGGAGAGUGACGUUGGCUGGUUUUAUGGAGCCACAAUCUCUUGAUUUGACAUCAAUCAGGCUGCCUAACUUCAGCUUAUCCGUUGGGGUUCAAGCUUAUUCUUGACCUACUACUUACCUUUGAAAGUUUCGUAUAUCCUCUACAUUGGCUCAUCCAUAUACAGAGGAACUUGUUGAUGUUGCUCACAAACACACAUUGGAACCGUACCAUCAAUGAAGAACAGCAUUGCUGCUUUGUUUUAAUAUUGGUGUCUACAAAUAUCCGAGCUUUUCUAAGUUUGAUCACUAUUCAAACUCCUCUAAGCUGAACUUCUAACUGCUCUAUUCGCAUAGCCAAAUCAUGCUUACCGCCAUUUUUCAACCCAUCAGUCACCAGUCACCAGUCACCAGUCACCAGUCACCAUAUCAAAGCAAUGUGAUAUUGGCACCAAACCCAUCUCAACUGCGUCCACCACGACCUCACAUUGUUAUUAGAAAUUGUGUAAACACGCGCCUGUUAGGCGGAUGAGUCCUUCACCUUCAUAUCACUGAAAAAGCUAAACGCUUCAUCAAACAUCCCAUUGCUACACAUCCCCUUGGUUAUAGUGCCAUACAAACUCGGAAACAGCUUAUGCCCAGCUUCCACGCAGUUGUUCAACAAUAAUUUUAAACGCCUUAUCUAUCUUCCCAAACCCCAAAUCUUCGAAACCUCAGUGUAAUACAUCUCAAUGCAGAAUAGCGCCAGAGGAGGUACAUUUCUCACCGGAAGUAAUGUUACUCCUUCCGAUGAGAGGGAGUGAAGAUGGUGACUGAGAGUUUUAGCGGCAGACAAAAGAGCAGAAUCCUCUCCUAACCAUGGCGACCAAACCAGCUGCUGAAUCUGUGCAAUGCUUCGGAAGGAAGAAGACAGCGGUGGCUGUCACUCACUGCAAACGCGGAUGCGGUCAGAUCAAGCUCAACGGCUGCCCGAUCGAGCUCUUCAACCCCGAGAUCCUCCGGUUCAAGAUCUUCGAGCCGGUCCUUCUCCUCGGGAAGCACCGUUUCGCUGGCGUGGACAUGAGGAUUCGCGUCAAUGGCGGUGGUCACACUUCCCAGGUCUACGCCAUCCGUCAGAGUAUCGCUAAGGCGCUUGUGGCGUUUUACCAGAAGUACGUGGAUGAGCAGUCGAAGAAGGAGGUGAAGGAUAUCUUGAUUAGGUAUGAUAGGACUCUGCUCGUGGCGGAUCCGAGGAGGUGCGAGCCGAAGAAGUUUGGUGGGCGUGGUGCUCGUUCUCGUUUCCAGAAGAGUUACCGUUAAGAGCUUGGUUUUUGUUUUGUUUCGAUCGUUGCAAGGUUUGUUUCAUUUUUGGGAGUGAUGAGUAUGAUGGAUUUGUGAGACUUUUAGAUUAUCAUUUUCAGUUAUUAUGCUUUAUUUGGAUUAUGUUUGACGAUGUUUUUUACCUCUUUGCUAUCCGAAAAGUUUUAAUAUUUACUUCU